AUGCUACUCUCCAGCUAUCUGAACCUGGGGAUUCUUUUCCUCGCGACUGCCAAUGCCCUCGUCAUCUCUGAUCCACAUGCUACCGAAGCGAGUUGCCGGCACCAACAACAACAAAUUUCGACGCCUGCUCUUCAAAAGAGAAGUAUUGGCAUACUGCCCUGGAAGAGGCAGGCUCCCGCGACAGAACCGGAAGAAGGAUCCGAAGAUUUAACGGCAGAUGGAGAUGGGUCUAUACCUCAAGGGAAGAGCAACAGCUGGUUGGGCGACUGGUGGGAUAACUUGAAGCUAAAUCCGUUCGCAAAGGAUGGGACAGAAGAAGAGCCCGAAGAGGGUGGCGGAUUUUUCGCUGGCUUAUUUGGAAGCAACGGAAAGGAAGAAAAGCCACCCAAGGAAAAAGAACAGAAACAACCCAGCAAGGGCAUCUUCGGCGGUCUUUUUGGCGGCGCUGACAAGUCCGAGCAGGAGCCGAAGUCGUCCAGCGGAAGUUGGUUCAAGAACCCUUUUGGUGGUGGAAGCAACCCGGACCCAGAACCAGAAUCGUCCAGCGGAAGCUGGUUCAAAAACCCUUUUGGUGGUGGAAGCAACAACAAUGGGGCAUCAGGUGAAGACAACUCUCGGUCUACAGCAGUAGACCCCGAUCAGGGUCCCAGCCGCGGUUUUGACGAAAGUGUCGGCAUGAACACUCAAUUAAAUCGGCCACCAAUGAGCUCUUCUUUGCAACCUACAAGCUCAGGUACAGACUCAGCUUUAAUGCAACUAAACAGGGCAAGCAGGAGACGUCUCAAAAAGUACGACACGAAAGAACAGCAGCGGAUAGACACCCUGAGGCUGAACAGACAGCCCAUACCGACAGAUGAUCCAUCGUUGCUAGUUAUAGCAAAUCCGGUGGAGCGUCUGAAAGCAUACGACGCAAGAAGAGACAGGCAGCGGCAAGACAAAAUGCGCAGCGACCAAGCGAUAAAAAAUCAAAAGGGAUCACUUUCGCAAGAUGAACAACGUCUCCUCAAUAACUACGACCAACUCGAGACAGCACAAAACCCAAACUCGCGGAUUCUAGCAAUUAAAGAUUCAAGAGAACGACUAACAAAAUACAAACUAAGAGACAAGAACAAAAAACCGCUAACGUCGCAAGAACAGCAGCGACUAGAUAGGUUUGACGCAAUCGAGAAGCAAAACCCGAGCUCGCGGAUACUGAAGACGGCGGACCCAAGGAAUCGACUACAGAGAUAUGAACAAAGAGAGGCUCAAAGGCAAAAGAAUGCUGCAGCUAAGAACAAAGGCCAGCCUGCGAGCGGGCAGCGUUACAAACUCAGCUGA